UCGGAGCAGUACUUCGAAACCGUAGGCCUGCCCCCUCCUAUUCUCUCCGGUUCUUUUGUAAGCUCUAUGUUCGAAACAGCAUAGUGUUCUGUACCUACCAACCCCCACAGAUCUUGUUCCUUAUCUAUAUUGAUAUACAGUAGGUGCAUAAGUUCAGAGGGAAGAACUGGAGACUAUAGUCCACAGUUUGUGUUUUUUGCAGCUCUGGAACUGAGUUGAACGCAGUUAACGACAUGGCCUCUCAAGUGCAUAAAAAUGUUCAGGAAUACUACGGCUCGCGCCUAGAAACGUCCGAAGACUUACAAACAAGUGCGUCAUGCACGAUGCCCGCGCGCCCUAUGUCCAAGAGUGCGUUAGAUGCCCUCAAACUGGUCCACCCAGAAGUGUCAAAAAGGUAUUUUGGAUGUGGCAUAGUGGUUCCAGAAAAGCUGACAGGCUGUAAGGUCUUGGACCUGGGGAGCGGUUCUGGACGAGACUGCUACAUCCUUAGCAGGCUUGUGGGGAAGAGCGGCCGCGUGAUUGGCAUCGACAUGACCGAGGAGCUGAUCUCGGCGUCGCGUAAAUACAUCAAGUACCACCAGGAAGCGUUUGGUUACGAGGAACCCAACACCACCUUCGUCCAGGGAUACCUGGAGAGGCUGGGAGAGGCUGGGAUACAGAGCGACUCUCUGGAUGUCGUAGUGUCAAACUGUGUGAUGUGCUUGUGUCCAGAUAAGAAGGCUGUCAUGAAAGAGGCAUACAGGGUCCUUAAGGAAGGUGGAGAAUUCUAUUUUAGUGAUAUGUAUGCAGACAAAGUUGUUCCUGAACAUCUGAAAGAAGAUCCAGUACUAUGGAGGGAAGGCAUGGGCGGCGCCCUCUACUGGCGGGACCUGAUCGCGCCGGUGCAGGACAUCGGCUUCAGCACGCCCCGCCUCCUGGCCGCCAGUCACAUCGCGGUCCAUAACGCCGAGCUCCUGAGGAAAACCGGUGGCAUCAGGUACGCGUCUGGCACUUACCGCUUCUUCAAACUGCCCAAAAGCUCCGUAACGGUGGGGGCGGAGGUCACGUACAAGGGGACGGUGCCCGACCACAGCGACCAGCUGGACUUUGACGCCUCGCACUCCUUCCAGAGAGACGUGCCGCUUCCUGUCGACGCCGAGGCGGCUGCCGUACUGCGCUCCUCCCGCUACUCGACCGACUUCCUGAUCCAGGACUCGGAAAGCCAGGCCACGAGCCAGGACCACGCGCCCCAGUACUCUCACCUCAACCCGUUCCUGCUGGCGGACAAGCUGGGCUCCUCCAUCAGGCAGUGCUCUAAGACUGAGAAAAAGGCCGGCUGUGAUGGGGCGCCCCCUGGAGGCUGUGAGGCGACCAACAGCACAAGCAGCUGUGGGAAAUAGGCAUGGCAACCUUUGGAAGUGGGCAAGAAUGUUCUGCUUUGUGUGCCUUUGUAUGCAAUGUAAGCACAUAGUGUGAAAGCAAAAUAGUGAUGCUUUUAGCUACAUUUUUAGACCGUAGACAUGUAUGUCACACAAAGUUAGUAGCAUGCUUAUCUCUGAAGCUGUAGUUUCUGCUAGACAGUGGAUUAUUGAUGCCACUGUUCGUGUGAGUGUGUAUUCGUGGUUCCGGAUGAAACUGCCAAACAAAUGAAUUAAACAGCCGAGGUGCUAUAGAAGUAAUUUCCUCUUUCUUCAAAAUAAUUUCUUUAAAAUAGUGUUUUCUGUCUUUACACACCUGGCAGUAAAUCCCAGCUAAGUUCUUCUAAAGAAAAGCUUCUGUCCCAUUCAAGUGCAUUCCCUUAAUUUUAUACCCUUCUGACCAUAAACUGUUCAGCCGAGGCUCUCUUUUAACAUAACUCUCCUUGACAUUCAAAAAUUAAUUCAACUUGCGUGUGUGUUUAUUUCAACUUUAAAAACGCCAGAAGUCACAACACAUAGAGGAUCCUCUUGACAACCCAUGUGCUUGGCUUGGGUCAGACUGACCAGAAUGACACUGAGAGAGAUUAAUUCAUCCAAACUUUAUUUCAUCAGGAAAAACCAUGGAGGAAGAAUCUUCAUGUACAAUGGUGUGUCGAGUUACAGAGAUUAAAACAGUGCAAUAAAUUAGAUUUAACCAUUUAGUGUAGAAAGAAUUGGAAGUAAGCGCAACAGAAAUAAAAAAUUAUAAAUAAUAAAAUUUUAAAUUUAAAUUUAGACAGAAAUUAAAAACAAUUACACGCAGACUUAAAAAGCUCAGAGAUCGGAGUUUUGACCAGGUGAAGUGGCAGCAGUGAUUUUAGACUUCAAGUGCUCUGUAUUUUAUUCCAAAUGUAUGGGGCAUAAUACCUGAAGGCAAGGUCGAUUCUCACUGGUUGUACCUUUAGUUGUAAGCCUGUUUUGAGAAUGUGUACCAUGACUGUUAGUGUACUGGAUUAAUGGAGAUGAUAUAUAUAUAGCUGGCUGUUUAUUCAGUAAUGUUUUAUAAAUAAAUAAAAAGAAUGCUCUCUUCUUACCGAUAGUGACAGCCACCCAACGUUUGUAUGCAAGAGACAGUGGUGUGUGUUACACCUGUCACCAGUGAUAAAUCUUAGCGUUGAGUGGUAAACAGUAUCUAGUGCUUUCUGGGUAGUAGCGACAGCUUGACCUUAGAUUACAUCUCCAUAGUCCAGUACAGAUAAAAAUAGUGAUUCCACUAUUUUCUUUCUGUGGAGCCCAGGCAAACAGAACUUAUUUCUGUAUAGAAAGCCUAGUUUUAUCCUCAGUUUUUUUUAAACUUGUUUAUUAACGUGAAAUUUAAAAUCAAGUUUAUCAUCAACCCAGAUUCCUAGAUAUUUAUAUGAAAAUUGAAUUUACAUUAAUCCAAAGAGGAUGUCAUUAAUGAAAAUUGUAAACAGUACUGGUCCCAAAACAGAAUCAUGUUGAACGCCCUUUGUGUAAAAGGUCUGACUGGAUAUCACUCAUAGUUCUCAAACCACAGACGGCUAGGGCAGCUGACGCCAAUGCGAGUCAGACAACCCAGAAGCAAAGAGUGAUCCAUGGUGUCAAAGGCCUUAGAAAGGAAUACAAACAGCGACGCAGGACUUUCUGUUAUCCAGAUCUAAUACCAUGUCAUUUAAAACCAAGAAGAUAGCUGAAGUAGCAUUAUACUUAGGCUUAAAUCUAGAUUUGUAAGGGCUAAGAGAACAGAGAACAUAGAUAGGUGUGAUGUGAGGUGAUUAUUAAACAGAUAUUUCAGAAUUUGAGCCAGGCAGCACAAUUUGGAUAUAAGAUGGUAGUUGUUUAAGUGAGUCCUCUCACUAGCUUUAUGUAAUGGAAGAACAGAACUAGCAGUCUUCCAGGCUUUAGGGAUUAUUCCAGUGGGUGAUAGCAAGGUUAAAAACGUGAGAUAUGCAUUCUGCAAUUAGCUGUGCAGAGAGUUUUUAAAAAUUGAUUGUAAACCAAGGAUUGGAUCUAUUUUUUAUUUAAAAUAUCUUAAAAGGGGCUUGUUUGUCCACCACUAAAAUAGAAGCAUUAAUAAAAUUAUCCAAACCCAA